GGUUGUUCUCGGACCCUCAAGACUCCGAGUGAUCCUGAUCAGGACUUAGGGGAAAGAAAGUCGAGCCAGACUAUAUGUAAGGACGACCAACCUCCGAGGGAUGGAUCCUCAAGUUGUCUAGCUUUGAGGCGAACAGAUUUAAGGGAAAAGUCGAAUAGUAUGGAUACGGAUACCAGAGAACAAGAGCUGAGUGAGAAAGAAAAAGAGAACGAAGAUGUUAAAAAGAGUAUUUCUGAACAAGAGGAUCUAGCCAGACUUGGUGCUAUUGACCUGUUGACAGACGAUGUAUUAGCCGCAUCUCUUAUUCAAGCGACCACUAGGCCUUCCUCGACCAGCCAUGAUAUGAUGUUAUCCAAAAGACUUGCUUCUUCAGUCUCUUCAGAAAGAUUAUCUCCUGAUAUUAUUGCUGCCCAAGCCACUUCGGCCAGCGUACCUACUAUGUCCUUGUCGGAAGGUACCAGUGCAAACGUCAUUAGCACCAUCGCCACUCUUUCUACUGACGCCAUUUCAGACCACUCCUGUCCUGCUCCAGUGCCCUCAACUUCUCUUCCACUGCCAGCCUCGAAUAGUGUGGUCACAGUUGCUUCCAGUGGCAGCCUGAUUAUAUUGAGCCCUGCAGAAAAAGCCCAAGUGGAUGCAUUACGAAUUGCCAGUUUGGUAGCUGCCUCACUAGUUGAUGAAAAGCUACCAAGUGUCGAGAUCGUCGUAGGGGAAGGAGCUGAAGACGGAAAUGUCAAAGCCGGUCAACUGUACAGCUUAGAUGACCGACUAGAGAUGAUCGAGCUGGAGAACGGAAAGGGGUGGAUACGUGAGUACUUUUGCCAAUACAAAGGCGAUUUUGUAUGUCCCUGCAAUUUAGUGUAA